GGUGGAACCUGCGCUUACCCGGAUCAAGGAAGAUCGAAAGCGGAUCAUCUUACCAGCCAUUGACAACAUCAAGUACAACACUUUUGAAGUGCAGCAAUACGCCAACGCAGCCCACGGCUAUAACUGGGGCCUCUGGUGCAUGUACAUAAUCCCGCCGCAGGACUGGCUCGAUAAAGGGGAUGAGUCAGCUCCCAUCAGGACACCAGCCAUGAUUGGAUGCUCGUUUGUAGUGGACCGAGAGUAUUUUGGUGAGAUUGGCUUGCUCGACCCUGGCAUGGAGGUCUAUGGAGGAGAAAACAUUGAAUUGGGCAUGAGGGUCUGGCAGUGCGGGGGGAGCAUGGAGGUGCUGCCCUGCUCUCGCGUGGCUCACAUUGAACGCACCAAGAAGCCCUACAACAACGACAUCGACUACUAUGCAAAGCGCAACGCCCUGCGUGCUGCCGAGGUCUGGAUGGACGACUUCAAGUCGCACGUGUACAUGGCGUGGAACAUCCCCAUGGCGAACCCUGGAGUUGACUUUGGAGACGUUUCUGAAAGAAUAGCUCUACGGCAGCGACUGCAGUGCCGCAGUUUUAAGUGGUACUUGGAGAACGUCUAUCCCGAAAUGAGGGUCUAUAAUAACACAGUCACUUACGGAGAGGUGCGUAACAGCAAAGCCAGCGGCUACUGCCUGGACCAGGGAGCUGAAGAGGACGACAAGGCAAUCCUGUACCCGUGCCAUGGGAUGUCCUCUCAG